GGCAACGGUCGCGAUUGGUCCCAAACUGGGGCCACGCCCCCAGUCGCUUUGUACAGAAGGGGAACCGUUGAUUUUCAACUGUUUUCCUUCCGAGAAAUAGUGAGCUAUGUGAAUUCAACAAUAGAAGGUACUGAUCAUCACAGUGUGCCGUUUUGGUGAUUGCGUUUGAUUGCUGCUGGACACUAGAAACGGGUUAGUGUUUUGAUGGUUUGUCUGAUUGAAACAAAACAGUGAUUCGAAACAGUGACGACAUGUUGACAGAUGUUAACCCACCUGCGGGGCAUUAUUUUGGAGCGCAGAUUCCUGCUAUGACCAUGAAUGUCAAAACUGCUGAACACCCAAGCUUGCGCGGAACCCCUCUAGCAAUGCUGGCAGCCCAGUGCAACAAGCUGAGCAACAAAUCGCCGCCGCCCCUUGCAGACGCUGCAGUAGGGAAGGGUUUCCACCCGUGGAAGAAAUCGCCCCAGGGCGCCCCUUCGCCAGGCAGCGGAGUCUCUUCCGCUAGUUCGCUGCCCAGUCAGCGAUCCUCCUCCGGAUCGAAUCCCACCUAUUCCAGAUCGGUGAUGACUUCAUGCGCCUCAGUGCCCACAACUGCGUCCUACGGCAGCGACUUGUACUUUCCUGGGGCAACAGCCCAACCUUCGAUGAGCGACAACAUGCAUCAUCAUCAGAGUUCGCUGCUUGGGAAGGUCGAAGGGGCCGCCACCGCUCAUCAUGCCGCUCUCGGCUCUGUUUACUCCAGACAUCCUUAUGAGACCUGGCCGUUUAACACUAUGUCGACGGCUCCCCAUGGGGGAAUCAAGAGCGACUCGGUGACGGGCGCUAAUGCGUGGUGGGAUGUGCAUUCAACAGCCGGUAGCUGGCUGGAUAUGAGUGGAGCGGCCGGAAUGCAUGCUCAGAUGGCUGCAAAUUACUCUCCAGACUAUUCCAGCUUGACUCAUUCACUGGCUGCUUCGAACCAUCUGCUCUCUUCCGGGCAGCAUUUGCUUCAGGACACCUACAAGUCAAUGUUACCGGGGCAAACAGUCGGGGCCUCAUUCGGGCUGCACGCUGGAGCUUCGAGUCCGUCUCCAACUGGAGGCGCUGGAGGCCUCCCUCCUCAAGUUCCCUCCCCCAGAUCGCAGAGGCGAUAUACUGGGCGUGCGACCUGCGAUUGUCCCAACUGCCAGGAGGCUGAACGACUGGGACCUGCAGGGGUUCACUUGCGCAAGAAAAACAUCCACAGCUGCCACAUACCCGGUUGUGGUAAGGUGUAUGGGAAGACCUCCCAUUUGAAGGCGCAUCUUCGAUGGCAUACCGGCGAGCGGCCUUUUGUGUGCAACUGGUUGUUUUGCGGUAAGCGGUUUACACGAUCCGAUGAGCUGCAGCGACACCUAAGGACUCAUACUGGAGAGAAACGUUUCGCGUGUCCAGUGUGCAACAAGCGCUUCAUGCGUUCGGAUCAUUUGGCGAAACACGUGAAAACCCAUAACGGGAACGGCAAGAAGGGCAGUUCGGACUCCUGCAGCGACUCUGAGGAGAACAGCCAGAGCGACUUAACAAACAAUGUGAAUUCGCCGUCGUCGAUCAACCAGACGCCACCUCCGUCCCAAUCUAUGGGGGGACUCGAUAUGGUCACGGGGCUGGAUGUGAAGCCGCCAGGGCUGGUUUGAGGUCGGUGGGGGCCGGCUUUGCUGUAUCCCAGCUAUCCCCGCUAAUGUGGCCCCAAGUGAUACAAAUUCUGUGAAAUAUUGUACAUAAGUGGACGAAGAAUUUUGAAUUUAUCUACUAGGCGAAAGAGGGUUAAUGAUAAUGCUUCUUCAUACUGUAUGAUUGCAUGGUUGAUUGUACAUAAUAGAAGCCCUACAUGGUUGAGGCAGGCACAGAAGGUUACAAAACUCACUACGAAUUGAUAAUGAAGUAUUUUUACAUAAAGAAUGAACAUCUUUGAUGGCAUUUCCUGCAUUUUUUUGAAAAGGCACUAAAAAGAUAGGGGGUUCAAUCCCAAUUCUUCAUUUUCUCAUUAAAUUACUUCACAAAUAUGAACCUAAAGUGAUCAUACUGUAUACAGCUUAUCGUGCUCCGGUUGCCUUACCACUGGCACUCAAAUGUAUGUAAAUAUUAUAAAUAUUAUUUAAUAUUGAACUAUGUAUGUAUAGGUGUAUGUAUCAGUUAGCCUACGACGGUGAAAGAGAUAAUUUAUGUGUUUGUUGAACAUUUUUUGUGACCAUGAAAUACAAGAUUUUUAUGUAAAUAGGCAUUUAAUUAGUUUAUAUUUUUUUGCAAUGUAUAUUUAUAGGCGACUUUUAAUCCUACUGGCAGCUUUAAUUCUCGGAAAUGUUUCAUUAGAAUUGGUGCAUUAUUAUUUGAAAAAUAAUAAAAUCGAAAUACAUAUAUGGAGUAGCAUAGAAGAAGUUGUGAUUAUUUCAAUUGAUAAUGGGUUUGGAUUCAGUUUUGGGAUUUUCAGAGAUUUUGAGAAAGGAGGGAUUAAAGGUUGUUACUUUGCACAUUUUCUGGCUAAUAUAGGUUAUCAAAGCGAACCAAGCAAAUAGAGACGUUGAAAAAUGUGGAUUGGGUGAUGGCCAAAAUGUAAGCCAACCUUUGCCUCUCUGUAGCUUUUUUACACCUUAAUUCACAAGCAAAUGGAAGGAAUUUCAAGCGGAUGUUUAGGCAUUUCUAUAAUAUUCAGGGUAUGCAAGUAUGUUUUGUUUUAGAAAUCCUUAAUCCGACUGUAAUAAAAAAUGCACAGUUUGUUUCGAAUCAAGCCAGGAAUCUUCGGAAUGAACUAAAUUUGAUACAGUUUUCCAGGGGCGUGCUCACGCGGCAAGUGGUUAAUAUAUUGCCUAAAAAAAUUACGUUUGGUUGGUCUUGCAAUUUUCACUGAAUUCACCAAAAUUGGGUUAAUAAUGGUAAAAUAUUACAGUUUUUUUUUGGGUAAUGCAGUCUGAAACCAAGAGCGUCAAUUGGAAACACGUAUACUAGUUGGAUUACUUAAAAAACGUUAUAAAAUUAUCCAAAACUAACCAAAGUUAUUUUUACCCUGCCUUAAACUAACCAGUUGCUCCUGAGCAUAAAGCUACAACCUGUGGUUUUAGACAAUUUAUCUAUAACAUGAGUUGUGCAAUUGAAAAUGUCUUGCUCUGAGACAAAGCAAAGUAUCGAAUUCUAGUGAAAAAGAAGAGCUGCCUUAAUAUGAAUGAAUAAAAAUUCCAAUCCCCUACAUAAACUAUAAAAAUUGCUAUUCAUUAAUGGAUCAUAAAAAGUCACAGGAAAUAUCGUCUGCGAUAUGAAAACUCUCAAAGCCUUUCAACAACCCAGAUAUUCGUCUCUAUUUUCCUAUCUGAAUUUUGCAUAUUAUUUGAACAAAUAGAAAAUUACAUUCGUCAUUCGGUUGCCAGCAGGAAACUUUCAUAUAGGAAAACUUCAUUACUUAGGAAUCAAAUCUAUUUUACUUUUCUGACUAUAUUGUAACAAGGACAAGAAAACUAUAUUGGCUUGUAUGUUGAUACUGGAUGGCAGAUUCUAAUUCAAAAGCGUUUUUUUUUCUCACCAAACCUUUGUGAAACAUCUGAAUGUACCUACUAUUUGUAAAUUUGUCUAUUGAAGCUUUUGUGAACGCAUUGAAAGAAUAAAUACUAUACGAUUAUAAUUUCCUUCGUAAA